CCCAAUGCGUUUCGUCCAAAGUACAGCGAGCCGCCGAGCCCAUCCAGUAUCCACGCAUUCCGCCUGCCCGCGCGGCCGGCCGCGGCUACCACCCUCCACCCUUCACGGCUUCGCACGCGCCCGCGCGCCGGGCAGAUCUAGAUGCUAUACCCCUCCGCCUGCUACUGCUAGCUCUCCCCCCCCCGUCCCAUGCACGCGGUUGCACGCGCCCACGCCGGCCGUAGCAUCCGUUCCACUAUAAAAACCCCCUCCGGAACCCCACCCCUCCACAUUCUCCAUAGCUUGGCCACCGUAGUAAAGCCGGCGAGCUAAUUCUAGUUCUAGCCAGCUACACGAGAUCAUCGCUGUGACGGGCGGGGCAUUGAGAGGGCGCGUGUGCCGGCCGGGGUCGAUGCAUGGCAUGUGUUAACAUGUACAACCCGGAGCAUCACCACCACCAGUCGUCGUCGUUCAUGGCGCCGAGGAUAUCCUUUUCCAGCGACUUCGCGCUCGAGCCGCCGCCGCCGGCGCAGCAGCAGCCGGCGGUGCGGGCGCCUGGGGACGCCGACUUCGAGUUCUCCGUCGGCAGCCACCCGAUGAUGGCCGCCGACCAGCUGAUCUCCAAGGGCCGCCUCCUGCCGCUCCGGGAGGCCCCGCACGGCCACGGCGGCGCCGACGCCGGCGGCCGGCCACUCACGCUCCGCGACGAGCUGCGCACGGACAGCCGCCAUGGCCGCGUCCCCCGCGCGCCCAACAUUCGGUGGAAGGAGUUCCUCGGCCUCAAGAAGGCGCCCAAGAAGGCCCCCACCGCCGACGCUGCCGCCGGCGCCACAUCGUCGUCGGCCGACACCCAGAUGGAUCUUGGAGGUCAAGGGAGCACGAGAGACUGAAGCAACAAACGCAAUGAAGUGUAUUACUGAUCAAUGAGUACUACGUAGUAGUGAAACUGAAGUAGCCAUGGUUGGCCAGAUCGGAUGCAUGGUGGCGAUGCGCCUUUCAGCUUGCUGUCUGCCAUCACUCAUAUUCACUCUUGCUGAUGAUCUUAGCAGCUCAUUCUAAUGGAGAACUCUGCAGGGCAAAUGGCCAUUUCCUUUUACCUCUUUGCUGCAUCUUUUUUGGGUGUAAAAGGGAAUUUUGAUCUCUAGUUUUUGGGUAAUGGUCGUCGUCGGGUAGAUGGGUGGUUCCAGUGUAGUCAAAUUAACUCCGCUGCGCCUCUGAUGUUUUGUAUUGGAAGGGCCAGUAAAAAUGUAUUUUUCCCCACAUGGUGUGGUCCUAGCUUAGCUUUUGUACGUGUUGUUUAGCUGUUCCCAUGCUUGUCUGCUUCCGCCACCUCCGCUCUCUCCCCCACUUUCCCUAUGUACAAAAAUGCUUGUAAUCUAGUAGUAGCUAGCAAUUCAAGCUUUCAGUUCAAUGAAGCCCAUUUCAACGUUAA